AUGAGUCCAUGGCCACGCCCGCCGAGCCUUCUACAGGAUGUCGUUGAAACAAAUGCUGGGGACGAAAUUGCCACCAUUCAGGGCAAGCCCCAAGUGAGUCCUUGGCAAAAGUCAGUGAGCCCUGUACAGAAUUCCACUGCUGUGAGCAUUGCAGAUGAGAUUGGUAGCGAACAGGACGAGGCACAAAUGAGUCUCUGGCAAAAGGCAUUGAACCGUGGACAGACUGUUGCAAAGGUUGAGGACCAAAAUGUGCUGUACAACACCUCACCGGAAUCGACAAGAUCGCCACAAUCAAGUCCCGAGCGAGGGUCACCCAGUCCAGAGGUGGAUUUUAUUGCUACGAACACGAGUGAUGAAAGCGCCGACGAACAGGACAAGCCACUUCUUUGGCAACAAACGCAGAAACUUGCUGAAGCGACAGCCAGGAGGGUUGAUGAUGAACUUGCUGAAACGUUACAGAACAGUUUACAGCAAACGUCUUCAGCCGAAGAUAUUGGGGAUGGAACCUCUAAUAUGCCCGAGGAAGAGACGGAGGCGGCGAUACUAGGUUUGAGUUCUGUGAAGACGAGUCUUGGGGAGUGGGGGCCUGUGGCGUCGAGUCCUGUGGAGACAUCUCCUGUACAGUCGCCUGUACAGUCGCCUGUGCAGUCGCCUGUGCAGUCGCCUGUGGAGUCGCCAGUGGAGGAUUUUUGUGGCAGUCCGACGUCUUCUGUGGAGAGCUCCGGGUCGGACGACUCGCCUAAGUUCUGGAUGCCGGAGUGCUGGAGUAGGUUGUCGGAGAUGUUGAAGGCGCAGCGGCGAGUGGCGUCACGGUUCCUGAGUGGGAUCCUUAACACGGACGAGGCGUUGGAGAUGUUAGACGAGAGUGGUGAGGGUUGUGGCCCAUUGUUGCCGACGCCAUUGAGGAACGACCACGGGAAUUGUUCGCACUUGAAUGCGGUGGUGCAAGCAUUGCGUCCAUUGGUGUUCCAAUGUUGGGAACCGACAAAGUGGCACCCAAAGUUGCGGACAAAUACACCCGAGUUUACGUUGUACCAGACAUUAUCAGCUGAUUGGGACAGUGACAGGGCGAUGCUUUCAUUGAUGGGUAAGAUUGCGAUGCCGGACAUUGCUCAACAUGACCAAGGUACUUUUCCGCGGAUCCACCCCGCCAUGGGGAACCCUGCGACCACGCCGACAGAUGUGAUCGACUGGAUUCGCGGCCGAUUACCAAUCAUGUCUUUCCUGGACUUCGAGCUGUACGAAGACGCUUUCAACUGGAACACGCCUACUAGUGUUUGCGAUGUACUCGAUCCGAGAGUCAGUCUCCAACGACUCGCAGAAGAAGUACUCGACGACGACGAUAAAGAACUCACCCUCGAAAAUCUCAACGCGGUUCUCGCACCCACACUCUACUACGUAGAUCACCGCGGGGCUGUCCGACGGCGCGCCAAGACAGACGAGAAUCCGCCACGGAAAUCUGCGGGGGCGGAGACGCACCGGGAUGCGGAGACGCACCGGGAUGCGGAGACGCACCGGAAUGCGGAGACGCACCGGAAUGCGGAGACGCACCGGGAUGCGGAGACGCACCGGGAUGCGGAGACGCACCGGGAUGCGGAGACGCACCGGGAUGCGGAGACGCACCGGGAUGCGGAGACAGACCGGGAUGCAGAGACAGACCGGGAUGCGGAGUGGCGUCCGGGACCGGAGACGCGGCCGGAUUCGGAGACCAGGUUGGACGAGGCGACGCCGAAUGUGGUGCUGAAUCUGAUCGAGCUCUACUACGAACACGUCCGCUCUGGCGACUACCACCGCUGCAACUGGACCGCGCAGCUGCUAGACAAGUACUGCCGUAUGCGCAUGGAGGGAAACACCGUUACCGUACACCCCGUCAUUCACCUCGCACACUUCUCCGCCACCCUUGAAUCCAUGAUCGUACGCACCACCAACUCCGAAGGCAAACCCCACUACUUUACCAUCCGCCUCUGCGGCGGUGAGUACAUCGUCAUCGACGACGACAAGCCCAUCACCACUCGCCGCGGUUUCAUCCUCAAAGGCAACGAAAUACCCGAGGCUGUCUUCUACGCACCCUUUGAUCCAAGUCUUGAACCGGAAGACGUCUCGCCCGAAGAGGAAGAAGACGCAGCUCGAGCGGCGGAGUACCGCGCCUUUGAAGCCGCCUUGCGGGCCGAAGAAGAGUCCGGAGGUUCCGAUGGCUACCCCAGCUUCUAA